AUGCGCCCGGCACAAUUGCUGCAUAUCGAUGCGCGGGCCCAACAUAUUACCGAGUUCUCGACUUCGAGCCGGAACUAUGACCGUCUGGGGCGUCGUGCGAAGGAGAAAAUGCUGGAUAAGGAGUCUGUACAAGAAGAAUCAUUACCAUCCGGUGUGAACCUCGGCUCUUUCUAUGGCGCCUCUCGAGCAGUGUAUGAAACUCCGGUGUUCCGGCAGAACACCACGCCCGUCCCCCGAGAACAGGAAUCAUGGGAAAGAAUACACUUGGCCUUGAUCAAAGUCACCGCGCCGCAGUCCCUUGAUGAUGAGACUCUCAACGGUGUGGCAAAGACGUUCUCACAACUCGUACGCCUGGGAAUGGCGUGCUGUGUGGUAGUCGACCCGGGCAACUUGGAAGAUCCCGCCACAAUUCGACAAGUUGCUAUUGAGCAGGCCACCCGGAUCGCAAAUGCAGUAGAUGCGCAACCGGAUUCAAAAUCGUUCCGCCUCGACUCGACUCUAUCGAUCUCUGAAAGCGAUCCGAGCCAUCCAACGGUCACGUCUCGGCAAAGGCUACUACGUCCGCUCCGGAACGGACAUGUCGUGAUCGUCACGCCAAUUGCCUACGUGGAUGAAAAUCCCAGAGCUGUAUCGGUAUCGGCGAAUGAUGCCGUUAUGACGCUCACCAAGGAAUUUGCCGGGUUGUCCACUAUCCCUGACCCGGACGAGGACCCGGCUGUGACUGCAGAAAAGAUUGGUGAGCUACAGAAGGAGGUCUCUCUGGAUCGGGUGAUUCUGCUACACCCACUUGGAGGAAUCCCGGCUUUCAAAGGCCCGCAGGCAUCUCAUGUCUUUAUUAAUAUGGAGCAAGAAUUUGACGAGAUCGAGGAAGAGCUGCUCGAUACACGGCGCGAUCUCGUCGGCGAAGGAAAAAUCACACGCAGCAAAGAUGAAGGACCGGCGGCUGCUUUCUUGGAAAGCAACCCCUUCUCCAAAUUUGUGGACCAAGAGGUAGUCUCCCCUCUCCCUGGAAAGACUAUCAAGAUCCCUGGCUCCAAGGCAAUGGGCUAUGUUCUUGAUGGCCACCUGGAGAAUCUCCGCCUCUCGCAACAAGCCCUCGCCAUGCUCCCAUCUGCCUCCUCGGGCAUCAUCACCUCCCCACAAGAAGUCGCCAACUCCGCCCGCGCACCCCAAGAGGCGGUCCCAGACAUGUCUGCCGUAGGAACGCGGCGCCAGCGCAAUCCCCUCAUCCACAACCUCCUUACCGACAAACCACUCCUGUCAUCAUCUCUUCCUCCUGGCCGCCGAGCGUCGAUCAACGGAUGUGCCAGCGCAAUCAGCGCUCUCCCCUCGCACUCUACCUUUGUCAAGCGCGGCAUGCCUCUCACAAUCCUCCCAAACCCAAGCGUACAGAUGUGGACAGCUUCAGGCCAGUCGCGCCUACAACUUAACGACCCCUCCAUUGAUCUCCCCCGACUGGUGCACCUAAUCGAAGAUUCCUUUGACCGCAAGCUCGACGUGAAAAACUACCUCGAGCGGGUGAAUGACCGCAUUGCCGGUCUGAUCAUCGCAGGCGAGUACGAAGGUGGUGCAAUCCUCACCUGGGAAGCACCACCGGGCGUAGUCGACGACGGCAGCGAAGCCAGCGCCGCGCGAAUGGUACCGUACCUGGACAAAUUCGCGGUGCUGAAGCGUAGCCAGGGCGCGGGCGGCGUGGCAGACGUGGUCUUCAAUGCGAUGGUGCGUACGUGUUUCCCCAAUGGGGUUUGCUGGCGCAGUCGCAAGGAUAAUCCUGUGAACAAGUGGUACUUCGAACGGUCGAGUGGGACGUGGAAAUUGUCUGAUAGUAACUGGACGAUGUUUUGGACAACGCCUGGACUGGUGGAGGAUACUCAGCGAUUCCGGGAUUACGAGGCUGUUUGUCGGAAUAUUCAGCCCAGUUGGGCUGAUAAUAAAAGCGUCGUUGAUUGA